UCAAGAACUCAUCUCACUAUAUUUCAGGACUAGACCUGUACCAAAAAAAAUACAAUAGCUCCUGCUUUUAAUUGUGAGAAUAUGGGGAGUAGAAUUCCUAAAGGAAUUUUUGUUCCAAAAAAGGCGUGGACUUGGACUCAUUACCUUAGAAAGUACUGCACAUGCAAUAUUAACAGAAGACUGUUGCAUCUCUUCUCAAAUUGUGGCCCAUGGAGCACUUGCUAGUGAUCUGCAGAGAGCUGGCUGUUUGCCUGAUGCUAAAUUGCAUUUAAAGGCAGCUAAAAAUUCAUAGCUUUUUCCAUGUAAGCAGUUUCAGUAGCUGCCAGAAGGAUGUUAUGAACUCACAAAUGGGAGGAAAGGAGGGGACGACAAGGCAUUCUGUAUGAAGUUGUGGUCCAUAUUGUGACAGUCGGGAUCUCUGAAAUUGACAGGCCGAAGGCAUUAAAUUACAGCACCUCUAACCAAUUCAAAGUGUCAGAGGGCGGCUUAGUUGUUCCUCCCCCCCCUCCCCCGCCAAAAAUUCUGUUCAAAACUUAAUUCCAUUCAUCACUAAUUAAAUUAGCAUCUUGUAGAUCAUUUUGUUUUGAAACCUGUUUUAAUUGGAAUCCUUGCUGCCUUACACUUUGCAGUGUAGAGCAGUGGUGUGGUAUCUGUCACCAGGAAUGUUUGUAGUUAAAUUGUACAAGAAGCUGAACUGAAUCUGGUGCCUGCCAGCCAUAGCAGAAGAGUGGAUGGUGCAUGAAUAACUGGAUAAUUAGUUGGUUUGAACCAAGAUGAGCGAUGACUUGACUAGAAGCACGUGACUUAAAACGAUUUAAUCUGACACCAGAAGUAAGAGACAUUAUCAUCAUGGGGUUAUUUAACUUUGACAUUCAACUUAAAUAAUGAUUUAAAAAGAAGUGUAAUAAUGCCAUGUUUCUUGACUUUCAUUCUUUCCCUUUGUUCCCUAUUCUACAGCAAAAAAAAAAAAAAAAAGCACCCUCCAAAACUAAUUGAAGUCUCCGUCAUGGGAAGCCACUUAAAAAGCAGUCAUUAAUGCUCCUUUGCAAUCCUCCGAUAAUGCUGCCUUAGGUGUGGCUGGGUUAAAAGCACCUCAGAUGAAAACCUUGGUGAUCUAUCCCCAGUUCCUGUUCCUAUCCCCAGUAUCAAAUAAGGUGCCAGUGGUGCAGCCUUCCCAUGCGGUUCACCCUCUCACCCCACUUAUCACUUACAGCGAUGAGCACUUUUCACCAGGGUCUCACCCUUCACACAUCCCCUCAGAUGUCAACUCAAAACAAGGCAUGUCCAGACAUCCUCCAGCUCCUGAUAUCCCUACCUUCUAUCCCUUGUCUCCUGGUGGUGUAGGACAGAUAACGCCACCUCUUGGCUGGCAAGGUCAGCCUGUAUAUCCCAUCUCGAGUGGAUUCAGGCAGCCCUACCCAUCCUCACUCUCAGUCGACCCUUCCAUGUCCAGGUUUUCACAUCAUAUGAUUCCUGGUCCUCCAGGCCCUCACACAACUGGAAUCCCUCACCCAGCUAUUGUAACACCUCAAGUCAAACAAGAACAUCCACACACUGACAGCGACUUAAUGCAUGUGAAGCCUCAGCAUGAACAGAGAAAAGAGCAAGAGCCGAAAAGACCUCACAUUAAAAAACCUCUGAACGCUUUUAUGUUAUACAUGAAAGAAAUGAGAGCAAACGUCGUAGCAGAGUGUACUCUGAAAGAGAGCGCAGCUAUCAACCAGAUUCUUGGCAGAAGGUGGCAUGCUCUCUCCCGUGAAGAACAAGCUAAAUAUUAUGAACUAGCUCGGAAAGAAAGGCAGCUACAUAUGCAGCUUUACCCAGGCUGGUCUGCAAGAGAUAACUAUGGGAAGAAAAAGAAGAGGAAGAGAGAGAAGCUACAGGAGUCAACAGCAGGUGGGAAAAGAAGUGCUUUCGCAACAUGCAAGGCAAAGGCAGCGACGUCGGGACCCCUUCUGGAGAUGGAAGCUUGUUGAAACCCCAGGUGUGUCCUUCAUCUGUACAGACCACCCCCAGGGUCUUUCUAGGAGGUUGAAUCACCAUGAUGUCACUGCUAAAGACACUGAAUCAUAAAGACAAUCACUGCCAAAACCCUUUACUACCACAGGACCCCACCCUUGAUUUAUAAAAAGGAGCAAAUGAGCAUUUCAGAACUCCCAGGUCAGCAGAACAUCUUUCAUCUUCUCCUUGCACUCCUAAGCCCCUCUCUCCAUACUGAGUCGGCAACAGGUAGGUCUGCUGUCUCCGCCUGCUUCAGCCAACUGAAUAAUGUAGACUAACAGCUACCCCCAUAUAGCACAUUGAAGAAUAGAAUUCAUCUGGUUGAGGAAGACACUCAAACUUUUUUUAUUUAAUGGUGCAAAAGGAUCAAUUUUGUUUUUAGCUUUAAGAAACUUGAAUGCUUUUAUAUUUUAACUUUUUAGUUUCUAAUGUCAUUGGUGUAUAUUUUACUAGCUGUGAGCUUUUUAAAUAAG